GGGUUUCUGUUGUUGUGCUGUUCUGAAGCCGUCUCUCCUGGCAUCCUGCUCCCCUUCGUCCACUCUCCUUUAUUCUGGUUUUUAUUUUGUCUUUCUUCCACUUCCCAGCCGAGUUGGGGCUCUUCCUUCGCAAACUCCCAUCGAAUUUGCAGCGUGUAUCGUUUUUUUGGGGGGGAUCUCCAACAGAAGCCAGAAAACCAUGCUGACAGUUUUGGCACUGGCGUCAGUCGUCCUCCUGGGAACAGCACCCGAGCCGUCCCAGGCCAUAAGCAUUUACACCAGCUGGGAACGCCACGCCCUGGUGGGCUCGGACAUCCGUCUGUCCUGCACGUUCUUCUCCUGGCACUUUGUCUCGGAGGACGUCUCCUUCACCUGGAGAUACCGGGGAGACGGCUCACGCGACACCAUCUCUAUCGCCCACUAUGCAGGUGGGGAGGCCUAUACCGACAACAAAGGCCCAUUCAAGGACAGGGUAGAGUUUGUGGGGAACCCAAAACGUCGUGAUGGCUCAAUCCUGAUCAAAAACUUGGAUUUCAGUGACAACGGCACCUUCACCUGCGACGCAAAAAACCCCCCUGACAUCGUGGGUCGCCCCUCUAACGUCCGGCUGCUGGUCUUUGAGAAUUUGCCCAUCCAAGCGGGUGUGAUCACAGGGGCCAUCAUCGGGGUGGUGCUGGGCCUGCUGGUGCUGAUUGUGGUCAUCUACUACCUGAUGAGGUUCCUAGUGGCGCGUCGCGUCUUCAGCCUUAACGUCAGCAAACAUGGCAAGAAAAAGAAAGAGGGAUCACAGCAGAGACAGGGCCCCGCGCCUCCCGCUGACCCCUCCAAGGUGAAGGCAGCUGCCUCGGAAAAGAAGAAGCAGGAGUCUCGCAAGGAUAAGAAAUAGGAUACGGGAAGGGGCUGGGGCAUGCUGCUCCAGCCCAUGCGCCAGAUAAAGGUCUGACUUCUCCAUGACUGCCUCCACUCGUCUAGUCUGCUCCCUCUUUUUCUGCCCAGCCUGAUGCAUCCCCCAAUAUUUCCCAUUUUCUGUACUCUCUCAAGACAGCACUGGCUGUAAGAAUAGUCCCUGUAUAUCACUGUACAACAGUGUCAAAUAAUUUUUACAAUGCCUUAUCGGAGACUGGGCCAACUGUAAAUGUUUUUAAGGCCUUACUAUGCACAUAACCCAACAGACCACCCCUUGUGCGUUUAGAAUCUCCCCCUUCACUUUAAUGUAUACGACUCAAUCAUAUCCACCGAGCGUAGCUGCGAGCGCACACUGGACUUCACGUAGAGCAAAAACAGAGAGUGAUAGUGAGAGAGAAAUAUGAUUCCUGCUCUCAGCCGACGCAGAUAACAGUUCAAGCCCCGGAGCUUGGAGGUGAUUCAAUCCUCUCACAUUUGAGCUAAUGGACGUCGUCGCUGUGUCCCUGCCCAGGCUGAAGGGGGCUAUUUCUGGCCCCUAUAAGAGAGCACAGGCUUACAGUAACAGCUGCACAUUUUUCAGCCGACAAGGGAGGUGGUGGAGGUGUUUUGUUUCCUGUUUGUGCCUGAGAAAAUGUCCACUGCUAGCUCAGCGGCCAGUGACUGACGAAUUAGAAUGACGUCACGGUGUCCAACGGCUGGUGGAUGCUCCCAGGAGUCUGACGCAAGGGGCUUACCAGGAAGAGGUACAGCUCCCAAGUUAUUUUGGGUCCAGUUAAUCCACUCGCACGUUUCUCCUGGUCGACCCACAGCUAAUUAUUUUUGUGUGUGCUGGUAACAAGAUAUCUCUCACCGCAUCACCCCCUGCCUCCUCUGCCGUCUCCACUUCAUCUCUGCCUCCAUCUUGGGAAUCAUCUCCCCAGUUUCGCUAUCUCUGUCCUUAACAUCUUUGGCUUCCCUUUAUCUCUUCCUCUUCCUGCUGUCUACUAAGUCUGCACUGCAUUAUUCCCCCACUGAAAAAGUCUAUACACAAUCCAAUCUACUCUUUAAGCCUCUCCUUAUCUGACUGGCAGGCCUACAGCUCAAUGCUUCACUCUCUUCUGUCUUUCCUCCUCUUCAUCAUCUUCGUUGCUCUCUUUUCCAAACUUGGAGGCAGACGACUCUCCUGCCUUUCUCUGUCUUUGCCAGUGAUUGACGAAAAAACACCUUCCCGCUUUGCCCUUCAAACACCCCCAGGGCAAGACAUUCCCCUGAGUCUGGGUCAAUUCGCCUCUUCUCGGUUAAAUACCCACAUUCUCUAUCCAGACAUUGUCAUUUAGUACUUGUAAACAAACCAUUUAAUAUCUAUAUGCUUAAAUAAUUGUGUAUCAGUCUAUUUUUCUUUGUAGUUAAGUGUUUUUCAUGGAUUAUGAGAUAGUCAUAAAAACAUUAACUUUCAUAUAUGAUGUAUUUUAUUAUUUAUUAUUCACAAAAAACAUUUGUUUUGGUUCUCAUCCAUGUACAGCUGACAGAUUAUGACCUGUGAUUAAAGUUAAUUUACUCUUGCUGACCUCUUGAUGAUGUAUGCUUUUUUAUUGGAGUCAUAAAACCUUACAGCAAUAUAGAAUAUGUUUGAAUAUAGAAAAUUAGUUCAAAUCAUCUGCACGAAACAUCCUGUAACAGACGACUCCAUUUGGUCUCUGAAAAAGUCUGGUACCAAACGACCCAAACUGCAAAGGGGCAAAAUGAUCAGCAAUCCUUCCCUCUUCAUUUCAGAACCCUUUUUGACCUCUUUUUGCUGGUUUGAAAGUCAAACACGUUCCAACGGCCCCAACUGGCUGAGAAAAACUCCCGCACUCAAGAUGGCAAACAGAAAAUUACACUUCAAGCUAGCUCUGGUCACACAUGUCUGUGUUUUAUGUAUAUGUGUUUCAUGUUGGGGUGUUUAAAAAAAUAGGUUUGCUAUAAUGCAAAACAACAGCAGUAAGUGAAGCAAAUAAUAUUUUCUGGAACAUUCUUUACACGUGUAUACACAUGGAGAACAUGUUUACCAAAGCAGGGGAGAAAUCUAAUUGUAUUCUAUAGAAUAUGCCGUUAUAUUUCUGGCCUUGUGUGUUAUGGCAGGUACUGUGUGGCUGUCUCUUGGGUGAAUUUUAUGCGGAGAUGGAAGAAAAUUGAGGUUGUGGUGCAGAGAGUGAGAGCGGAUAGCUUUAGAUUCAUCACUGUGUGGCUGGGGAGGAAAGUGAAAACCACAGAGGAAGGUUCUUGCUGUGGAAGCAAAGCUUUGCAGGAAGAGACUUAUCUGGCCUGUUAAGCCCUGCCAAAAAAUCUGUAUGUAUCACUACAGAUAGUCUGCUCUUCCCCCUAGAGCUUUUCUUUUAAAGGUGCUCCUUCCCAACCCUGAGCCAAAGAUGGAUCGUAAUCUGCAAGGUUGAUAUGCAGGCCAGAUAGUGCAGACUUGAACUUUCCUUGAAAAUUCAUAACAGGAAUAGAAGGUGCUUAAAUCCACACAUUCAUCGUCUGUUUCACUCGUUGCUGUUUUAUUAUCCAGUCAAAUGGAUUAGUUAGAAUGUUUUCUUGUUUUAAAGCAAAGCCACACAGAUGCCUGACAUAACAUAAACAGUAUUUACAUGCCUCGAGAAACGAUUUAUAUGCAUUAUAAACUGUUUUGGCUAUAGUCUCUGAUUAACAUUUUCUUUUGAAAUGACUGGAGUUUCUUAGAUUUAUUUCAAUGCCUAUAAUAAUUUAGGAAUGCUAACAUCUUUUUGACUCUGUAUAAUAUGUUGUAAAGAGAACAUAAGAAUAAAAGCCGUAAGCACAGCUGUUGAACAGUAAACCCAGCUGAAAAUA